AUGGACUUCCAGUGCCAGCGCCGGCAGCGAUAUCGGCAUCUCAAGAGGCCUCCACCACCCGACGGCUCCUACUCCAUCGCGCCGCAAGCCCGCAACCGUCACGGCGGCUACUGCUCGGAGACUGGAUUUUCUACUCCAGGGUGCACCUAUACCCGCAUGAACAGUACACUUAAAAAAGCCAGUGGCCCCUCCGCCGCCGACCACGUGGGCGAUGUAGAGGAGCAGACGUGGGACGAGGUCGUCCUGGGGAAUGAGACGGCGGUGCUGGUUGAGUUCUGGGCGCCAUGGUGCAUCCCGUGCCGCUUGAUGCACCCCAUCAUCGCAGACCUGGCCAAGGCCUAUGUUGGCAAACUGAGAUGUCUGAGGGUAAACACGGUCCAGAACCAGAAACAGGAGGUGGCCAUGAGAUAUGGCAUCAGGAGCAUCCCCACCAUCCUCAUCUUCAAGGAUGGUGAGAGGAAGGAGACGGUCAUCCACACCAUUGCAAACACGGCCAUGGCCACCACAGUCGACAGGUUUUUUUAA